GCGCAUGCGCAGACAUCCACAACCGGAAGUAGCGCGGGGCCAGGCAUGGCGGCGGCGACGGCUGCCGAGGAUGUCCCGGCGACCCAAAGAGAGGAGCCUGUUCGAGACGAUGCCGCCGUGGAAACAGCUGAGGAAGCAAAGGAGCCGGCUGAAGCUGACAUCACGGAGCUCUGCCGGGACAUGUUCUCCAAAAUGGCAACUUACCUGACUGGGGAACUGACGGCCACCAGCGAAGACUAUAAGCUCCUGGAAAAUAUGAAUAAACUAACCAGCCUGAAGUAUCUUGAAAUGAAAGAUAUUGCUAUAAACAUUAGUAGAAACUUAAAGGACUUAAACCAGAAGUAUGCUGGACUGCAGCCUUAUCUGGAUCAGAUCAAUGUAAUUGAAGAACAGGUAGCAGCUCUCGAGCAGGCAGCCUACAAGUUGGAUGCAUAUUCAAAAAAACUGGAAGCCAAGUACAAGAAGCUGGAGAAGCGAUGAAAAACUCAUUCCUGUGGAACAAUGUCUUUUUUUUUUAACAUGGAGGAAUGUUUUAUAAGACCUGAAUGCUGAGGCUGAUGAAUUGUCAAAACUCCUCAAAAGGAAACUGUGAUGGGUCGUCCCAGAAACGUCCCAACAUUGGAGUAAACUGGAGGACUGUGGCUACCCCUGAACUUCUUUGGAGGCAGUAUCCCUCAGAAACCCACACUUAAAACUCCUUACCUUUUACUUGAAUGUUUCAUCAUCCACUCAGGACAGAGAGUCUCUCAAAGUUCAGGAUAAACCUGGGCUUGCCAGUAGAAUCAAAUGAGAGGACCUAUUUUCUCUCACAGUGGUUGAUUACUACAUUAUUUUCUUAAUGGUUGGUUUUUGAGUUUCUGUGUCGAUGGUUGUUUUUUUCUAUUAAUGAUGCUAAUGUAUUGCUAAUAAGAUCCUAAAUUAAAAAAGGAAAACAAACUUGUUCUUUAUA